CAGAGAUUUAAGAGCUAGAAGAAACUUGAGAGGUCACUUAGCCCUCCCCCUCAUUUUACAGAUAAGGAAACUGAAAGCUCUUGUCCAAGGUCACACAAAUUGUAAAUAGGCGAGCCAGGUUUUGCCGCCCUCCCAGUCAGAGCUCUCCCCAGGGUGCCAAGCUUUCUCCACCAAGUGUUAGUUUAGUGUCUUCCUCUUGGUAAAUGUUGGGUGUGGGGUCCAAAUCUGGACUUUUCCUGACUCUGAGCCUGUCUGUGUGCUAGAACAUCAUGCUGCCUCAUUAGAACUUUUCAUCUAGUGGGAGGGAGGUUUUAAAAAUGGGGAAACAACAAACUAUAAUACAGAUUGGAAAGUAGUUAAAUUCAUAGAAGUCCCAGUUGUCUGAGAGCUUAGAGGGAGAAGGCAUUGUUUCUAACUGUCUACAGGAGUGUGUGUGUGUCGGGGAAUGCCAAUAAAUCUGGGAGAGAAGGGAGACCAUUCUAGGUGUGGGGGUGACCAUAGGAAAAGGUGAGGAGACUGGAGAGGGUGAGCAGUCUGAAUGUCCCCAGCAGACAGUCCCAUGACAUAUACUCAGGGUUGCGUCGCUAGGAAAUGUGUUGUGACAAAUAUGAACUCAGGUCCUCCUGACUCCAUGCCUGGCUGCCCUGAGGGAGCUCUCUUUUGCCUCUUUUCUUUUUAUCUAGCACGAUGCCUGGCACAUAGUAGGAGCUUAUUCAAUGUUCAUUGAUUGACUGGUUGUAAUCCCUAUCUCUAUCCCCAGAACUACCAAAGCAGUUUUCUUCAGGUUCUGGUCUGACCAGGCCACUCAAUAAACCCCAGAGGUUCCCUGUGAGCUCUUCGGUCAAAUGCAAACUCUUCUGUUUGGCAUUUAAGGCUCAAACUUACCCCUCCAGCUUUGUUGUAUGUUACUCCCCUCCGCAAACUUUAACCGAUACUUCAUUUCAAUUCUAAGACCAAAGGAAAGGGUUAAAAAAAUGCUCAGUGAUUGCUACUUUCCCUAUAGAGAAUAUAAGCUCCUUGAGAACAGGGGAUAAACGUUUCCUUUUGGCUUUGUUUCCCUAGCAUCCCAAGCGACUAGGUAGCUCAGUGGAUAGAGCUGAGCCUGGAGUCAGGAAGACCCAAGUUCAAAUGUAGCCUCACUUACUAGCUGUGUAGCCCUGGCUAAGUCACUUAACUUCUGUUCGUCUUAAUCCACUGGAGAAGGAAAUGGUAAGCUACUCCAGUAUCUCUGCCAAGAAAACCUGAUGGAUGGUGUGGUGACACAGCUAGGAUGUGUCUGAGGCAGAAUUUGAACUCAGUUCUUCCUGACUGGCCUUCUGUGAUGCCCCCAGUGGCUAGUACAUCCGCAUCAAAUUAUCCUGCCCUGGGUAGCGACGGGGUACGGAUCACCAGUAUGGAGAGCGCCCUGACGGCGAGAGACCGGGUCGGGGUCCAGGACUUCGUCCUGUUGGAGAAUUUCACCAGUGAAGCUGCCUUCAUUGAAAACCUGAAACGGCGCUUCCGGGAAAACCUCAUCUAUACCUACAUUGGGCCGGUGCUGGUCUCUGUCAACCCUUACCGGGAUCUACAAAUCUACAGCAGGCAGCACAUGGAACGUUACCGGGGUGUCAGCUUCUAUGAGGUUCCCCCCCACCUGUUUGCUGUGGCCGACACGGUGUACCGAGCCUUGCGUACGGAGAGAAGGGACCAGGCGGUGUUGAUAUCGGGGGAGAGCGGGGCAGGGAAGACAGAGGCCACCAAGAGGCUCCUGCAGUUCUACGCUGAGACCUGCCCUGCCAGUGAGAGGGGAGGUGCCGUGAGGGACAGACUGCUCCAGAGUAACCCCGUGCUGGAGGCCUUUGGAAAUGCCAAGACCCUUCGAAACGACAACUCUAGCCGUUUUGGCAAAUACAUGGAUGUCCAGUUUGACUUCAAGGGAGCCCCCGUAGGUGGCCACAUCCUCAGUUACCUCCUGGAAAAAUCUCGAGUCGUCCACCAAAAUCAUGGGGAGAGAAACUUUCACAUCUUCUACCAACUGUUGGAGGGAGGGGAAGAAGAGACACUUCGGAGGCUGGGCCUGGAGAGGAAUCCCCAGAGCUACUUGUACCUGGUGAAGGGCCAGUGUGCCAAGGUCACAUCCAUCAAUGACAAGAGUGACUGGAAGGUGGUCAGGAAAGCUCUUUCUGUCAUUGACUUCAAUGAAGAUGACAUUGAGGACCUGCUGAGCAUUGUGGCCAGCGUACUGCAUCUGGGCAAUAUUCACUUUGCCGCUGACGAGCAGAGCAAUGCCCAGGUGACCACAGAAAACCAAGUCAAGUACCUGACUCGGCUGCUGCAGGUGGAUGGUGCUAUGCUGAAGGAAGCCCUGACCCAUCGGAAGAUCAUUGCCAAGGGCGAAGAGCUCCUGAGCCCCCUGAACCUGGAGCAGGCUGCCUAUGCCCGGGACGCCCUGGCCAAAGCCAUCUACAGCCGCACCUUCUCCUGGCUGGUCAACAAGAUCAAUAGGUCACUGGCUUUCAAGGACCCAGAAUUCCCAAACUGGAGAGGCACCACGGUCCUAGGGCUGGUGGACAUCUAUGGCUUUGAGGUUUUCCAGCAUAACAGCUUUGAGCAGUUCUGCAUUAAUUACUGUAAUGAAAAGCUGCAACAACUCUUCAUUGAGCUCACUCUCAAGUCAGAACAGGAAGAAUAUGAAGCAGAGGGCAUUGCUUGGGAGCCAGUGGCGUAUCUCAAUAACAAAAUCAUCUGUGACUUAGUAGAGGAGAAGUUCAAGGGCAUCAUCUCCAUCCUGGAUGAGGAGUGCCUUCGCCCUGGGGAUGCCACAGAUCUGACAUUCCUGGAGAAGCUUGAGGACACAGUGAAGCACCAUCCACACUUUGUGACUCACAAGUUGGCAGACCAGCGGACAAGGAAAUCCCUGGGCCGAGGUGAAUUCCGUCUGUUGCACUAUGCUGGGGAGGUGACCUACAGUGUAACAGGGUUUCUGGACAAGAACAAUGAUCUCCUGUUUCGUAACCUUAAGGAGACCAUGUGCAGCUCUGAAAACCCUAUCCUGAGCCAGUGCUUUGACAGGAAUGAGCUCACCGACAAGAAGAGGCCAGAGACGGCAGCCACACAGUUUAAGAUGAGUCUGUUCCAGCUGGUUGAGAUCCUCAUGUCCAAAGAACCUGCCUAUAUUCGCUGUAUCAAGCCCAAUGAUGCCAAACAGCCAGGUCGGUUUGAUGAGGUACUUAUCCGACACCAGGUGAAAUAUCUGGGGUUGAUGGAGAAUCUGCGGGUUCGAAGAGCUGGCUUUGCUUAUAGGCGCAAAUACGAGAACUUCCUCCAGAGGUACAAGUCCUUGUGUCCUGAGACCUGGCCCACAUGGGAUGGGCGGCCACAGGAUGGUGUGUCCGUCUUGAUCCAGCACCUUGGCUACAAGCCUGAAGAAUACAAGCUGGGCAAAAGCAAGAUCUUCAUUCGCUUCCCCAAGACGCUUUUUGCCACAGAAGAUGCUCUGGAAGUGAGGAAGCAGAGCUUGGCCACAAAGAUCCAGGCCACAUGGAGGGGAUACCAUUGGAGACAGAAAUUCUUACGAGUGAAACGUGCAGCUAUCUGUAUCCAGUCCUGGUGGCGUGGGACCCUGGGCCGGAGGAAAGCUGCCAAGAGGAAAUGGGCUGCCAGCAUGAUCCGACAGCUCAUCCAAGGUUUCAUCCUGCGCCGGGCCCCCAGGUGCCCUGAAAAUGCCUUCUUCUUGGAUUUUGUUCGGUGCUCCUUCUUGCUGAAUCUGCGACGGCACCUGCCCCGGAAUGUGCUGGACAAAACGUGGCCCACCCCUCCACCUGCCCUGCAUGAGGCAUCAGAGCAGCUGAGGGAUCUCUGUAUGAAAAAUAUGGUAUGGAAAUAUUGUCGGAACAUCAGUUCAGAAUGGAAGCAGCAGCUGCAUCAGAAGUCUGUGGCCAGUGAAGUUUUCAAGGGCAAGAAAGACAACUACCCGCAGAGUGUCCCCAGACUCUUUAUCAACACUCGACUUGCUGCUGAUGAGAUCAGCCCCAAAGUGCUCCAGACCCUCGGCGAAGAGCCUGUCCAGUAUGCGGUGCCUGUUGUGAAGUAUGACCGGAAGGGCUACAAACCUCGGGCCCGGCAGCUGCUGCUGACCCCGAGUGCUGCCGUCAUCGUGGAAGAAGCCAAGAUCAAGCAGAGGAUUGACUACGCCAACCUGACUGGAAUCUCCGUCAGCAGCCUAAGUGACAGCCUGUUUGUCCUCCAUGUGCAGAGAGAAGACAAUAAGCAAAAGGGGGAUGUGGUGCUCCAGAGCGAUCACGUGAUCGAGACCAUAACCAAGCUGGCCCUGAGCGCAGACCGAGUCAACAGCAUCAACAUCAACCAGGGCAGCAUCACCUUUGCUGGUGGCCCCGGCCGAGAUGGGAUCAUCGACUUCACCCCGGGCUCUGAGCUCCUUAUUGCCAAGGCCAAGAACGGGCACCUCGCUGUGGUCGCUCCCCGGCUGAACUCCCGGUGAUGAUGGACCCCGUCCAGUGGGACAAUCUUCCUGCCCCUCCGCCAUGCCUGCUUCGCUCACCUGCCCACCCUCUUGCUGCUGCCCUAUCCCCCUUCAUGGUAACCAAAGACUCACUUCCACGCUUGGAAAAUUGGGUGCAUCCUGGGUCUGAAGGGGGCUCACGUGGCACCUGCCUUCCAUUCCCCAAUCCCUUUCUCCCCGCCCAUGUCCCAGCCCCCCAGUCAGCUCCAUGGUGGCUAUGGGAAGGGGGGGCAGUGAGAAAGGAAGGAGCCAGGCCAUGCCAGGAGCGGGGCUGAGGGAUGACAGGGGCCAGGGCAGAGCCCCACGACCGAGGCCAAACCAAUGGGAGGAGACUUUCUGCUGAGUUGUUUGUUGUUUUUUUCCCACUGAGUCAUUUUGAUGCUUUGUAUGGGAUCGUUUUUUUAAAAGCCAUUCAUUCCCUGCCACCAAGACACGCUGGAUGUGCUCUGGCCAGCCCUGCAGGAAGGCAGGGGGCCACCAAGGAAGCAAUCAGAGGGCUGGAGACGGGAGGAAGGGGGCAUCCAGCUCCCCUCUCAUCCCACCCCAAAACCAGUUACUCCAUCCCGCCUUCUCUUCCCCACCCACACCCAUAGGUGCACACCCAGGGACACCCCUCAGUUUCCCCUCAUCCCUGGCCAUAAGGGGCUGGCACCCACCCUUGCUCUGCCCACCUGGGACCUCUUUCCUAGAGGACUGAGACACUUUCUCCUACCUUCCCUCCCCCCAAUAAAACCCCCACACAAACAGACGCAGAGGAAUCGGCCCCCAUAAUAAACUCCUGACUCCAGCUGGGGGGGGUGGUGGCAGCCUCAAAACAGACUGGGGUGAAGGUGGUGACAGGUGAGAGGAGAUGUUGCUCCUUAGAAGGGUGACCUAAUAGGAGGAACACUGGCUGGGCCCUCGAAGAACCUGAGGCUCUGCUUAUUCAUCCCUGGGCCUCACCUUUCUCUUCUGCAAAGUGGAGAUCAUAGGACCUUGGAUUUUGAGCUCAGAGGAAUUUUAGGGGCCAUCCAAGAACCCCUCUUAACUCACGUUCUGUGACUAAGGGGGCCCAAUGGUGCUUAUUCUGAAGCCCCUGCCUGAUAGAAAAUCAGAUCUCCGUGUCUUGUUCAAUGCCCCUCAGCCCCCAGAAUCAAUAGCCAAGGUGGGGAGUUAGGAGAGUAUGGUUGGGUUUGGGUAUCAAUAGAAGGGAGAAAAAUGGCCCUGCGGUCCACAGCUUGACCCUGAUCACUGCUUUGCCCCAUCUAUCCUCAUCCUGCAGGGCAAAGGAUGACUUUGGUAUAAGAAAGAAAGGGGGGGGGGUACCAUUUAUCGCUGCUGCUUCUCUCUCCACCCCCUUCCCCAUUCCCACAGAGGGUCAGGAAGCUGGGGGACCUUCCAAGCAGCCUGUGCUCCCUUGGGAUCCUGGGGACACUGCCUACACUUGCAACCCCAGCCAACACUAAAUAAAGCGAUUAUGUUUUUGCAAA